GACUCAACGGCACUGAUAGACCGUAUCAGCAUCCGCUCUAUCUCUCGCUAGCGAACAGCUCCUGCGCGCGACGUCAAUAUCGUGGUACUUCAUGAAGCAUGGGUUUUCACGAGGAUGCUGGCGGAGUUGCACAACGUUUUAGCUGACUUCCACGGAGAGUCACGGUAUAUGCAUUCAAGUCUAGAUGCCAUAAUGUUGUUCCGCAUAGCUUUGCCUCUCAAUAUCCUUAUUCUUAAUGGACAUGGACACGUGCCCCGGCGCCGCUAAGUCAUGCCGAAUUCGUUGACUUAGAACUCUCCAACCAUGAGCGACUCUGACUUGGAAGCGAUAAGGCAGGCACGCCGCCAAGAGCUACAGUCGCAGCAAGGCGGCAGUCAAAGUGGAGGACAAGAAGAUGCGCAGAAAAACCGUGAAGCCGAAGUACGGUCUUCAAUCCUUUCGCAGAUACUCGAGCCGGCCGCAGCAGAUAGAUUGGGUCGCAUCAGGCUGGUGAAGGCAUCGAGGGCAGAAGAUGUUGAGAACAGGCUGAUCAUGCUUGCGCGAAGCGGCCAGCUGAGAGGGCAGGUCUCGGAGACGCAGCUGAAAGAUAUCUUGAAUGCUGUCAGCGAGCAGCAACAGGAGACCGAAAAGGUCACUGUGCAGAGGAGGAAGGGUGGAUGGGAUGAUGAUGAUCUGGACGACCUGUUGAACGACGACGACUCAUGAUGCCGGUCCGUUACAACUUAAUGCUCGAUACACAGCGAGGUGUUCCGGAAGCUCAAGGAUGCCCAUCCGUCAGGUUGGAUGAAGGCGAUGAUGUUCUUCUACCGUCUGACUUGUCACGGCUGUGGUGCACCUACGUUCGUCGCAGCUAUUGGCUAGGGUACGGACGUGCUUUGGUACGCCCCCGUGAUCCAGACCACAUACAUCGAAGAUGCUGCUGGUGCUAUGACAACAUCUUCAUGGUAGGAAUCUACCAGAUAGAGGAGUAUCAUUCGCCCAACAUGCUGGAUUUUUGACUGCACUGU